AUGCUGUAUGUCAGUUUGAAGCUUAUUACCACAAUUUCUCUCGUCGUGGUAGCUUCCGUAUGGUUCGGAAGUAAGCUAGUCAUCAACUCUAGGAGAGAUUUGCAUCCCAUUGCAUUGAAUGGACAAGCCAAUGUCGGACCCACAAGGAAGGAAAAGGAAACCGCUGUGUAUCGUAACUUUACUGUCCCACCAGGAUUUCCUUUGAGCACCGGCCUUGGACUAAGCAUGGGUUACAAGUUGAGAAAUGGCAACUUUGGAGACAUAUGGUCUAACAUAAUGAGCCUCUCGGCAGAGAACUUCGUUGAACUCUCGGGUCAAGAGUACUCAGUGAAAAAGAUCAAUGCAAUUUCGAAGUGUCUAUCUAAAUAUGUUGUCCAACAUAGUGAAUCAGGGCGUUUGGGAAUUGCAGCUCCCAUUUUUGAAUUGCCUGGCUUCACAAUUUCAAUCGCUGGGCUCAUGAGUUCUUUAAACGACGUGAUCCCUGUUUUCCUAUCAUCUGUACCGCGUUCGAAACAAGAGCUUGAUAUUUUGGCCAUAGACUCAUGGACUACAUUUCAUCAGAUGAACGGUAGCCACAAAUGGUACAAGAUCGUUAUUGUGUGUAAUGAUCACUCUGGACAGCCACCGCAAACCAUACCUCCAAAUGUCGUGACUUGGAAGGACAUCGUUUCAAAUCAAGAAGAAGAUACAGUUUUCGAAUAUGAGCCUCCUAAGGACAAUAGCGAUGACACAAAACUUUUGGCAAUCGUUUCAUCUCCAUGGAACCUCAGUACCAGCUUCUCGCAUAUGGCUUUGGUGAGCAGCGUUUCAGCCUUUAUUAAGUCUUUCCCAAUGGACAACGAGCUCAGCGGCAAAGACCAUUUAACUGUUGUUAUUGAAGAGGCUACAAAAUACUACUAUCCAAUUCAAGUUUGGACAAAAAUUCUCACUACACUACUUCAUGGGGGAUCUGCUUCGCUACUAUAUGCCGAGCCAAAGCAGGUUGACCUUCAAAGCUGCAUCAAUGAAAAGACUUCUUUGCUACAAAUAGAUAGUAGCUCGCCACUGCUAGAUUCCAUUCUGCAAUCCUCCACGGCAGUUCUCCAGGAACUUAAACUUUCAUGGGCCUUGAGCCUUCUUAGUGAAGGAAUAUUCACGCCUAGUGCCCUCAGCUGUUCAGCAUUUCAUAACAUCAGGUGUCUGUUUCUGUCAACUACAGUUCUCGACGCACGGGCUGUCACAGCAAUGGAAAUGCCAUCGCGGAAAGUGCAAACAAAAGCAAAAAAUUCACGUUCAACGCUAACACUUAAUAAGUUGCGUGCUCUGAUCGGAUCGAGGCUAGUCGUUGAGUUGUACAGCCCGUUUAUGGUCAUGGGUCCAAUAGCUUGUACUAACUUUUUCGAUUACAGAAUUCUUCCAGAUUCUGUAGACUCAAGGCUAUCUCACUAUGGUCCAAUAUCUACAUCCUUGGAGGCAAAACUAGUUGAAGAUGAACACAGGCCCGAGCUGCAGUCUUCGAAGCGUCAAGGUAUGCUUUGUAUACGUGGGUUUACGAUCGGCAAACCGGUCGAGCCAGAGCGCUUGGAGCGCGCCCUUCAAAUAGUUGAAAAGUUUGACGGAGGCGAAGGAUGGAUGCCAAUGCUGGGAGUUUAUGGUUUAUUUGGAAAAGAUGGGUGUUUUUAUGAAUUCAAGUAG